AUGUUGAAAAAUCAAUUCGUAUUAUUUUGGGAAUGUGUCUUCGGUCCAAAACUUUAUCAAACUUAUCCACUUGUACCACCAUCACCUACUCGACAACCUACUCAUCUAUACAUAAAAAAUACAACAGAAACACUUAGUGAUAUUGUUUUUCUUGUUUUAAAAAUAUUACUUGGAAUAUUUCAAACAAUUUGUCCAUUAUGUAUAUUGUAUUUUUAUUAUAAAGGAUCGUUAACAUAUGAAAAUGGUAUAUUACUUCUACGGCUUAGUAGCUGUAUGAUAAUUAUACCAAUUUAUUUUAUGUUAUUACGUGGAAUUAGUCGUUUUAUAAAUCCAACUUAUAAAACAUUUAUUAAUGAAUUUUUUCAAGUAAAAUGUAAUUCAACACAAAAAACCCGUCAAAAACUUUUAGCUAAAUAUGAUUUUUCACUUUCACAUUGGAAACCUGAUUAUAUAAUACAAUCAUCUACUAUUCGUAAAUUACCAAUGAUAUCAACAUCAGAAAAAAAUUUAAUUAAUCAAACAGAAGUAACAUUUAUCGAACGAUUAUUUCAUUAUCCAUCGCUUUUAGUUGGUUAUAUAUGUGUUAAUGUAUUUGGUCGUCGUUUAAUGUUUCCUGGAAGUUUACAAAUUAUUCGUCAUAUGACAAAUCGUGCUUUACUUGAUGGACGAACAAAUUUAAUUGUUUCUCAUCGUGCUAAACGUUAUAUAUUACGUACAUCUGAUGGAAAUCAUAUUGAUACAAUAUUUGUUGAUCGACGUACAAUAGAUAAUAGACAAACAUUAAUUAUUACUUGUGAAGGUAAUGCAGGUUUUUAUGAAAUAGGUUGUAUGAUGACACCUAUUGAAGCUGGUUAUUCAGUACUUGGAUGGAAUAGACCAGGAUUUGGUGAGAGUUCGGGUUACCCAGGUACACUCUCAGAAAUAAACUCCAUCGACGCUGUAAUGCGUUAUGCAAUUGAAGAACUUCAUUUUUCUGUUAAUAAUAUAGUAGUAUUUGCUUGGUCAAUUGGUGGUUAUUCAGCAUGUUGGACAGCUGUACAUUAUCAAGAUAUCCGUGGUCUUAUACUUGAUGCUGUAUUUGAUGAUGUUUUACCCUUAGCACAACGACAAAUGCCAUCAUUUGUAUCAAAAUUUGUUGAAAAAACUAUACGUUAUUAUCUUGAUUUAAAUAAUAUUCAAUUACUUAAAUUAUAUAAUGGACCAUUUUAUCUUAUACGUCGUACAUACGAUGAAAUAAUGAAUUUUAUACCUGGUAACUUAGCAACUAAUCGUGCAAAUGAAAUUUUAUUUUCUAUUUUACCAUAUCGUUAUCCAUUUAUCUAUCAUAAUGAUGAAACAUUUACACUUUUAAAGCAAUAUGUUUGUUCAAAAAAAGUGCACAAACAAAGAUUGUUUCAUAAAUAUUGUUCAGAUAUAGAUGAUAUACAAAUACAAAUUGAACGAUAUCAACUAGAAAAUCCAAUUGGAUCGUAUCCUUGCAAAUUUGGUAAAAAUUUAUCAUUCAAUGAACGACAACGUUUUGCUAUUUAUUUAGUUGAUCAAUAUUUGAUUGAUUUCGAUUCACAACAUUGUACAUCAUUACCACAAAGCUAUUUUUAUUUACCUAAUCGAUGUGUUUGA